AUGUCGGGUGCUGGGCUACCUGGGGUGUCUGGGGCGGCUGAGAGGAAUAAAGAGCCUAUUCUGCAGGUACUGAAGCAUUAUGUAGACCCAGCCCAGCGCGGCGUCCGCGUUCUCGAAGUGGCCUCCGGCUCUGGCUUGCACGCGGCCUACUUUGCCCGGGCCUUCCCCCACGUGGAGUGGCAGCCGUCGGAUGUGGACCAGCGCUGCCUAAACAGCAUCUCAGCCACCACUAAGGCCCAGGGGCUGACGAACGUGAAGGCCCCGCUGUACCUGGAUGUGACCUGGGGCUGGGAGCAGUGGGGCGGGAUCGGCCAGCAGUCUCUGGACCUGCUGCUUUGCAUCAACAUGAUUCACAUCAGUCCACUGCGCUGCACCGAGGGACUGUUCAAGGCGGCUGGGCAUCUACUCAAGCCUAAGGCGGUGCUGAUCACCUAUGGGCCUUACUCAGUCAACGGGACCAUUACUCCUCAGAGCAAUGUGGAUUUUGACCUCUCCCUCAGACAGAGAAACCCGGAGUGGGGACUGCGGGACACGGCCUUCCUGCGACACUUGGGUCAGACCAGCGGCCUGCUCCUGGAGCGAAUGGUGGACAUGCCUGCCAACAACAAGUGCCUGAUCUUCCGAAAAGAAUGA